AUGCUCGAAAUAGCCUGCUUCAACCUUGCUUCAGUCACUGUAGCCACGAAAGCAGGGGCCGACCGCAUUGAGCUCUGCGAUGAUUACCUAGCUGGCGGAGUGACACCCUCCAUCACAUCCCGUAACAACAUCACUGAGGCAAUAACGAUACCGAUCAACAUUAUGAUUCGACCUCGUGCAGGACACUUCAAUUACAGUACUGCUGAGUUCGAGCAAAUGAAAUCGGAUAUAAAGCUGCACAAAUCAUGGGCGAAUGGCUUUGUAUUCGGCAUUUUGGACUCGACAAACCGUGUCGACGAACGUAAUCAAGAGCUGGUCCAGUUGGCAGAUCCCUUACCGUGCACAUUUCACCGCGCCAUCGACGAGGUUGAGGAUCUUGAUGAGGCGGUGGAGACUGUGAUUGCGUAUGGGUUCAAAAGCAUCUUGACGAGCGGGGGAAUGAAGAACGCAAUCCAAGGUGCUGAAAGAGUUGCAGUACUACAAAAGACGCAUGGAGAAAAGAUUCAACUUAUUCUCGGUGGUGGAGUUAGGGGCAUCAAUGCACUGGAACUUAAAAGAAAGACCGGUGUGGAUUGGCUGCAUUCGGCUGCUAUCACAAAGUCUGGCGAAGAGGUGGAUUAUGAGGAGGUGGUGAAAAUCAAGGACGUUCUCAAAGAUUACUAUUAA